AAAAAGCACUUUCAGUUUCAGAUAACGAAGAUCAUAGUCCAGUGGAUCUGAAAUUGAUGCAUUUAUUGCCUUAUUUGCUUAAUUUGGAGUAAAAGCUCUUUGAAGUUACAAAUUUAAAAAAAAAUGAUAUCAGUUACUUGUUUUCUUUGUAUUGGGUUGCUUGUUCCCGUAUACGUUCAUGGAACCGCAACAUUUGCAGAUUGUGGUGGUCCAGAUAAAAGCAUUGAUAUUAAGGAAGGCUCUGUUAAACCGGACCCUAUUCUGUAUCCUGGAAAUGUUAGUAUGACAGUAGCUAUGGAUAUAUUAAAGGACCUUCCUGCUUCUGGUUUGGAAAUGAAGAUGGACUUAAUUAAAUUAGAUCCAAGAAAAAUGAAUGUACCAUGUUUAGAUAAUAUUGGAUCAUGCUCUUACGAUGUCUGUGAGUUAAUCCAAAAUCACAGAAGUGAAUUCUGUCCUAUGUUUCCAAACCCCGAUGAAUGCGGUUGUCCGAUGAAGGCUGGUUAUUAUUCCUUGAAGAAUGCUCCGGUAGUUCUGCCUGACUUUGGAGAAAUUUUUGUGAAAAUACUUAAAGGACAUUAUGAAGGAAACAUCACAUUCACAGACAAAAAUUCAAACAAACAAGUUGGUUGCAUUGCAAUUACCUUUGAAAUAGAACCUUCAAGCUAACAAGUAACAAAGGGUUUCUCCAUACAAUGUAUCAUCACCAUUUAUGUGAUUAUUCAUGAAAAGAAAUUCUCUACAUUUUUGAAAUAAAUAAAUAUAUGCAUAUAAAUUUUU